UGUUCAUAACAAUUUCACGUAAGCAAUAGUCAUCGACUGUACUUGGAUACGUAACGUCAGUCGAGCCGUCACUAUUCCCGACACAAUUGUAAUAAUGUGGUAUCAAUAGUUAACGCAUCCGCAUAAUACUACAAUGACCAUAAGUGACAAUAUAAACAUGAAAGCUGUGACGCAACACAUUACAUCAGCGGGCGCGGCCGCGGAGCAAGCACUAACUCAAUUAGCACUACUUUCAUCUCAAGUUUUAUAAGACUCCGGCAGUUACACUUUCCCCUCAGUUUUCAGUCGCCGCACGCGGAACAAUGUUCAGAAUCGCGCUACUCUUAGUAUUCUACGCGUGUGUUGUUAACAGUGAUGAUGGGUACGGAUAUUCAAGGUCGUACGCGAGAGUGAAAAGGGGCAAAUACCCCGGUACACCGCUAAGGUUUUACAAUCGUCCGCCUCUCAGUUUCCCUAUAAAUGGACCGUUCUCGUACACCCCACCGCCCUUCAUGGAGGAAGCGCCAUACCCCGGCAGCAGACCUUACAAGGUUAGUAGACGACCCACUAACGAUGGUUUGGGAGACGACGACAUAAAUAACUUAGUUCAACACUUAACCAAACAAGACCUGGACAAGAUACUCGAAUUCGCUUACGAUAAAGACAAAUACAAUGAAAAGAGCAAAUAUGUUGAGUACAAAUACAGUCAGUCGCAGAAGAAAGAGAGUAUUGUAAAGCCUGCUUAUACGAAUGAUCAUUAUAGGGGGAACCCUGAACCUAGUAAUAAUUUUCACUAUCAAAAUGAAAAUCCGUAUGAAAAGGAAAUGAGAGAAAUGAUUAAAUAUGUGAACUACGUAACGCAAGCGACUCCGGUGCGGGACGAGCUUCAGGAUGACAGACCUGCUCCUUAUGACUUCAAAGUGAGUCAGAAUACUUAUCCAGGGCCCAGUAACCCUCAGAUACCGGAGACUAAUGAGGAAGAUAAUCUCCCUCCCCCAGUUAACAUGAGACCGGCAGACUAUGUCGCGUCUUACACGAACAAUGUGCCCACCGUAGUACAAGCUGAGUCCAGCUCCUACAAACUGGAGAAUUUCGGAGACCUACCGCUAAUGGACUAUAAUUCAAAGCUUCAUUCAGUCAGUUCGUACCAUGUGCCACAUUAUACUGUGACCCAACCGAAGCCAGCACAACGACCACAACCUGACUCAUACUCCCAAUCAUUUUCAUCAUCAACGCAACUGAAGCCAUCACCAGCUGCAGCAUCUGUAAAGGCUCCGCCAUACGAGCCUGCUCCCCCACCUUCAGUGGCUAAGGAUCAGAGUGAUGCUCAUCUGAAAGCCAUCAAGAUCUGGUCUCAUCGGUCCAAGGGAGCUGCUUACACGUUGCAUGAUGACGGGUCUCUGACGCCCGAGAGACCGUGGAGGCAUGGUUGAUUGACUAUUGUUAGGAGUAGUAUAGUAAUUUAUUCUUA